GCAAAGGUAAGAAGGAAGGGGGAAUGCCCAGUCGAAGACCCAAAGAAAUUGAAGCGAUUCCAUGGAUUUACUAAACGAAAACCGGAAAAAAAUGAUAGAAGAGAAGCCGGAGAAGUCUACGAUGCACGAUGACACACAUGGCAGGAAACGGGGGGUGUUAUUGAUUGAUAUUCAUCAAGAAAAAAUACAGGUUGAAGACAAGGAAGAUUUUGCAAGAAAGCUUGUCUGUUCAGAAGAUGAGAACUUGAAAGUUGUCUCCAUCUUUGGCAAUACUGGUGACGGCAAGUCAUACACAUUGAACCAUACGUUCUUCAGUGGCCAAGAAGUGUUCUCAACUUCAGCAUCUCAAACCUCAUGUACUGUAGGCAUCUGGGCUGCAUAUGAUGAGAAAAAUCACUUGUUGAUUGUUGACACAGAGGGCCUGCUAAGCACAUCUAAUAAUUCUAACCAACGCAAGAGACUUCUGAUGAAAAUACUUGCAAUAUCAGAUGUUAUCAUAUAUCGCACAAAAGCUGAGAGGUUGCAUUCAGACAUGUUUAGUUUCCUCGGUGAUGCAUCGAAAGCAUAUUUGAGGCAUUUUUCACCUGAGCUAAAGGCUGCCAUUGAACGCAGUCAGUUGAACUUACCCAUAUGUCUGCUUGGACCAGCUGUGGUCAUAUUUCAUGAAACUCACCAUACUGAAAUUCUUGGAACUCAAAGCAAUGACUUAGGCGAAACAAAAUCUGCCGAUGAAUUACUGAAACAAAGGUUUGCAGCUGUUAAACAAGAUCCACAGGCAUUCAGUUCAAUAAAAUAUGUGGGGACAAAGACAUUGAAUCACAGCACAGAUUUUCAAGCACUGUUUAAGACGGUGAUUGAACUUACUAAUGACUUGUCAGUACGUUCUCGAAGACCACUUGGAGUCAUAUAUGAUGUAUUGAAUCAUCUCAAUGAAAAGUUCAAAGGUGAAAUUGAAAACGUUGUUCCAGACACAUUUCCAGAUUCUUAUUUCACUUGCCUGACUAUCUGCCAAUGCUGCAGUACAAGAUGCGAGGGAACAAUGAACCACGGUCGAGACGGAACUGCUCAUAAGUCAGAGAAAAGCUGCCACUACAUGACACAGUUUGAUAAUCGAUAUUUUACAUGCAAUGCAUGUUAUCAACGAGGAAAGAACAAUAUUGUGACAGAGAAAACGUAUGCAGAUGGUGAUGGUUCAUUGAAAGGCUUGGCCAAUUACGCAUGGUCAGGGUACGUUCUCGAGUGUCCAGAAUGUGGUGUCAUUUACAGAAGUCGCCAAUACUGGUAUGGAAAUACUGAACCAGAGAAAACGGUUGUUAGAACUCACUUGAAACACGUUUGGCAAGGUGAACAUUAUGGAGACGUGAAUCACACAGGACGUCGUGUGUUGGACGGCCUAAAUUUUGUCAAGCGGACGGUAGAUGUUGUCAGUGAAGUACCAUCGAGAUAUAUCAAAGAUUUACUGUCCGACGCAAUUGCACCUGGUUAUUGGGUGUCCAAUAAUGAAAUCAAGGAGUGUUAUGGUUGCAAACACAUCUUUGAAAGUUCCGAGGCGAAGCACCACUGUCGUGCCUGCGGUCAGGGUUUCUGUCAUGACUGUUCCGAUUUCGUCAUGCCCGUGCCUGACAGAGGCUGGGGCCCUGGUCCGGUAAAAGUUUGCAAGACCUGCUUUCUGCAAAGCGAGACGAAAUCAGAAGAUGACGAGAUUUUCGAAGGAGAACUCGUUGACACAAGCGCCUUAAGUGAAGCUCUUGAUGAGGACGACCAACAUUCAGGCAAGGACGACCUGCGUGCCCGCAAGGUGGGAGAGGUGUUGCACAGCUCCGUGAGUAAACUAGCACAAGUCGUGGACCUUCCAAGGACACUUAUUAACGACGUCGCACGUCCAUCCUACUGGGUAGCGGAUGCCGAUAUUGUGACAUGCGCAUGUUGCGAUUACAAGUUUCGUAUUGUGGACUCGAAACAUCAUUGCCGCGCCUGUGGUCAAGGUGUCUGCGGUAGAUGUUCUACAAAGAUGCAAGCGGUUCCCGUAAGAGGCUGGGACCACCCUGUGAGGGUGUGUGACUCGUGUCUUGAAGACAAGUGAAAAGAUGAUGCACAACACGAACCACUUGGAUGUUAAAUAUACUAUCCAAAAAGAAAUGGUGAUAUCCAUACGUACCCAAAAC